UGCCUCAGCCUCCCGAGUGCUGGGAUUACAGGCGUGCGCCCCCAUGCCCGGCUUGCCAGCCACUUUCUUUGGAGGCCUUGGCUAGAAGGGGACCUGCAUGGUGCUGUAGAUGAGAUUGAGCUGGAGGAAAAUUCCUUCCAGGAGGGUGUAGGCAGUGUCUGGGCCUAGGAGGGAGGCCAAACACUUGGAGAGGCUGGGCCUUUCACCCACCCUGUCCUCUCUCACCCACUUUGUCCACUUGUGACACUUCUGGCUCGGGUCUCAGGAGGGUCAUCUUAACAGCCAGCAGUGUGGGGUAGCACUGAAGAGCCUCCUCCAGCACCGUAGUGAAUCCCAAGGUAGACUUAGGACUGGAAGCCAGGUCCCCAACAGGCAGCUGUGGCUUCCAGGAGGGUUGCAGUGGUCCUCACAGCUGGACUUCUUUCCUUGCAGGAGAAUAUCAUGAAAUCCAACAUCGACAAGAAGUUUUCUGCACAUUAUGAUGCUGUGGAGGCGGAGCUCAAGUCCAGCACCGUGGGCCUUGUGACACUGAAUGACAUGAAGGCCAAGCAGGAGGCGCUGGUGAAGGAACGGGAGAAGCAGCUGGCUAAGAAAGAACAGUCAAAGGAGCUGCAGCUGAAGCUGGAGAAGCUGCGAGAGAAGGAGCGCAAGAAGGAGGCCAAGCGGAAGAUCUCGAGCCUGUCCUUCACCUUAGAGGAGGAAGAGGAGGGAGGAGAAGAGGAGGAGGAGCUUGCCAUGGAUGAGGAAGAGCUGGACAGAGAAGAGAUCACUGCGAAGAAAAGGAAGUUAGGGAAGAACCCUGAUGUGGACACGAGCUUCUUGCCUGACCGAGACCGGGAGGAGGAGGAAAACCGGCUGCGGGAGGAGCUGCGGCAGGAGUGGGAAGCCAAGCAGGAGAAGAUCAAGAGUGAGGAGAUCGAGAUCACCUUCAGCUACUGGGAUGGCUCCGGGCACCGGCGGACAGUCAAGAUGAAAAAGGGCAACACCAUGCAGCAGUUCCUGCAGAAGGCGCUCGAGAUCCUGCGCAAGGACUUCAGCGAGCUCAGGUCAGCAGGGGUGGAGCAGCUCAUGUACAUCAAGGAGGACUUAAUCAUCCCCCAUCAUCACAGUUUCUAUGAUUUCAUCGUCACCAAAGCACGUGGAAAGAGCGGGCCACUCUUUAACUUUGAUGUUCACGAUGACGUGCGGCUGCUGAGCGAUGCUACAGUAGAGAAGGAUGAGUCACAUGCUGGCAAGGUGGUGCUGCGCAGCUGGUAUGAGAAGAACAAGCACAUAUUCCCAGCCAGCAGAUGGGAGCCCUACGACCCGGAGAAGAAGUGGGAUAAGUACACGAUCCGGUAAGCCGAGGAGGUGGUAUGGCCUCUGUGUGUCCACAAGUCCUGGUCUCUGGCACUGUCCUUACUGCUUUCUUCUUCAACCAUAAAGAAACGCACGCAUCAGUGCUGGAGGCCCCGCAGCAUGAGAAAAUGUGUUUCAUAAAAU